CUGAGACUCUAUCUUUUCUCUCGCCUGCGCUACAGUAUGUCUUACAGUUGCACCUUAGCUGUCACCACGCAGUCGAAAUCCGACUGUUUUUCAUGCAACUGGAGCAAGGCCGACCGAGUCGUUGGCGUUGAUGGCCAGAUACACGAAUCUCUGAACCUCGUACUUCGCCCCAAGCCGGCGGUCGUCACUCGCACUUGGACCGGCAACGACAGCGACGCAUCGGUGGUUUGUUUUGACGAGGGCGGAAGCGACACCCUGGGCAAUGUAACGCCGGAAGCCACAGGCUUCAUCAGAACCGCUAUUGACAAGAGCGACAAGAGCAAGAGUUCCUCUAUCGCGUUAAAGUUCAUUCUGUCUACAGUCAAUGGCUACGUCGCUCGGUCGGACUUCUUGGAGCAACGUCUAGAUGGGGUGGAGCAUGUUGCCUGGGUGGUAGGAUUUCUGCGUCCGCGACAAGCAGUCACAGCUCCUGGGACCCAGGGGAGAGGAACAGCGCAGACUCUGAGCAUGCUUAUGUCCAUAUCUGUGGGAGCAAUUCUCCUUAACAACAGCUCCGACCCUCACGACGCGCUCCGCAGCGUCGAAGAGGAGAUAUGCAACCGCAUUUCGUACCCGUGGGUUAUUUCUACACCGAUCGUGCAGAAACGCCUGGCAUGGAUAGAAGGUCGCAAGGAUGCAGACGUGAGCAGGCGCAUGUAUGAGGCUGCAGCGGCGCUGGGAAUCACCUUGGUCAUCAUUGACAAACGGGGACAUUGGCUGCAGGAUGACUACGGCCCAUACGCUCAUCUCCGAGAAGGAUUCAUCCCUACAGACAUUACUGUCGAUGACGGCUUUGUCGAUAGAAUUGUCACGGCUGUCCGAACCUACGAUAAGCCUAUUGACGGCUUGAUGACGGUGAGCGACGCUCGCUUAAUUGGGGUGGCACGAGCCUGUGAAAUUCUUGGGUAUCCAACCUCUCCGUCGUCGGCCUACGCCCUAUCUGGAGACAAGUAUCAGACGCGGAUGAUGGAGCCAGAUGCGCAUGGAGCAUUCCGAGUCUUUGGCACCGACGAAUUGAGACAGGUCCUGCAGUCCACUGAGGUUACCUAUCCUCUCAUAGUCAAACCAUGCCUGGGAUGGGGCAGUCAAGCCGUUACUAAAGUGUCCACUGAAGACGAGCUGUUUCAGGCGGUCGCAAAAGCAUCCGGAUGCCACGCGCUUACCCCCCAAAAGCGUAGUGACGCGGUUGUUGAGCCAUACAUCGAUGGCCCCGAGCUCGAUGCGAACUUUGUCUUGUUAAAUGGAGACGUCGUGUUCUGUGAGAUUAGCGACGACUUCCCGAGUCCCGGCGACGUGGACGAUAAGCAAAGUCACAACUUCGUGGAGACUAUCGUCCAGAUUCCUUCUGCUCUCCCACCGCAUGAAAAGGAAAUUAUCCAAAAUGCUUUGCAUCAGAGUAUUCUUCGCCAGGGGUUCAUGACAGGUACCUUUCAUUGCGAAGCUCGUUUACAAUAUUCGAGCCACGAGUUCCGAGCGGAUGAGGACGGUUUUGAAGAUUUGUAUCCCCGGAGUGAUAUUCCCUGUCGUGGAAAAGAUGCACGCGUGUACCUUCUCGAGAUCAAUGCCCGUCCAGCUGGAUAUCUGGAGACAGUUGGUGUCAAUUUAGUAUACGGGGUGGAUUACUUCGCCCAGCAAAUGCUCUUUUCUAUCAACGAUGAGGCUCGGUUCCGGGCUUUAUGCCACCCAUUUUAUCACGGUCCCCGAUACCAUCUCUCAGUACUCAUUCUCCAAGAAGACGUUGCCGGCAUCAUGAAGACCGAAGAUGCAGGAGCGGAGCUGCUCCAUCGGUACCCCAAACUGGCAUCACACAUUCCUCUGUACACAACAAUUAAAAAGAAGGGAGACAAAUUGGUGGGGCCAAGGUCAAGUGAGGUACAUUUUGUUGCUUGGCUUUUGGUCACGGCCGAAAAGAGACGUGAUUGCUUAGGUUUGGUAGACCAAGUACGCAGCAAUUUCUGGUACGAGGUGGAAUGA